AUGGCGGCAAACUUCUACAUCGCAGCAUGCUGUGUGAUUGAGUCUUUCCUAGGCUUGACGCCGGUGCGAGAUGCGCGCAAAGCAGCAAUGGAGGUCGAAGCCACUGGUGGCAAAUUCCCAAGUGAUCUCAACGGCAAGGCAAAGGAUCUUCCAGUCAUCGAUCUAGUGAUCGUUGCCUACCUGCCAAAUGAGAAGGACAUCAUUCGAAACCAGGUUCUUUACGCUUGCGAGGAGCUGGUUUACCCCAAGGAGAAGCUUCGAAUCAACUUGGUCUACAACACGCCUAAGCCCAUUGAGCCCCUGGAGAGCGAGCUUGCUCUGCUUCCAGAACAGUACAAGAAUCUCAAGGUCAUCAAGGUUCCUGGCUCCAAGUCCAAGGCCGACAACCUCAACUACUUCUUCAACCUGCGCUCUGACGCGGACGUCAUUGGCAUCUUCGAUAGCGACCACUGUCCUCAUCCCCACAACCCUCGGUGGGCUGCUGAGCGCUUUCUCGCAGACGAGACUGUAGACAUUGUUCAGGGACGAUGCAUUGUCUACAACACCAACGAAAGCUUCUACGCCAAGAUGAUUGCCGUUGAGUUUGACAAGAUCUACGCAAUCUCUCACCCUGGCCGCAGCAGGAUGUUCGGCUUUGGUCUAUUCUGCGGCAGCAACGGCUACUGGAAAGCCCCCCUUCUCCGCGAGCACAAGAUGCACGGCGACAUGCUUACGGAGGACAUUGACUCUGCUCUUCGUGCUUACGGCAAAGGAAAGAAGGCAGUCCACGACAUGAAUGUGACUUCAUUUGAGAUGGCGCCCAACAACUUCGCAUCAUUCUGGAAGCAGCGCCUCAGGUGGGCUCAGGGCUGGACUCAAGCCUCUUAUAAGCACAUGCCCCUUGCAUGGACCAACCCACCAAACGGCAAGCGAGGCAUUGAUGAGAGAUUCGGUAUCGUUUCCCUACUUCUGGUCCGCGAAAUCAGCUACUACCUCGUGACCCAACACACCUGUCUGUUGCUCAGCUUCAUCAUCACAGACUGGCCACGAAACCCAGCCGAGCUGGUCCGACUACUGUUCUUCCGCUACCCAAUGGCCGAGUGGUUUCUUUUCGCAACAAUCAUCGCCCUGCUGUUCACGCUUUACUUCACGGAAAAGGUGCGGUCAGAAUUUACCUCGUGGAAGUCCAUGCUUGUCUUCUGUGUAAUCUACGUGCCAUAUUUGAUCCUAAUGGCGACGAUGGGUCUGUACGGGCAUGCACGACAGAUGAUCAGGUAUUCGAGCUGGAAUCCUACUGCACGGAAGUAG